CGCGUUCGACUUGUUCCAAGUAGAGUAGAGGGGGUGCCGACCCUACCGAAGGAGGCAUAGCUCUGCUUUGCUUGCACAGAGGCUUCCAGAGUGGAGUAAAGAAUGGCUGUUGAACAUCCACAAGGCUCCUGCAAGGGAUUUGUGCUAUUCAGGGAUGUGUCUAUAGACUUUUCUCAGGAAGAGUGGGAAUGCCUGGACUCAACUCAAAGGAAUUUGUACAAAUAUGUAAUGUUGGAGAAUUAUAGCAACCUGGUCUCAGUCGGUCUUUGCAUUCCCAAGCCAGAUGUGAUCUCUUUAUUGGAGCAAGGGAAGGAGCCUUGGAGUGUUUUUGACAGUGAGCUGACAAGAGGCCUGUACCUAGAAUAUAAAUCUAGGUGUGAGAACAAGAAAUUAUCUCUGAAAAAGGGUAACUAUAAAAUAGAUUCAUCCCAGUGGGUUAUAAUGGAAGGAUUUACAAAGCAUGGACUUAAACAGGGAUCUCAGGAAAGACAUUUUAGCCAAAUCUCAUGUACCUCUGAAGACAUAUCCCCUUUCAUUCAGCAAACAUCUCUCCCUCUACAUCGAACAUUUAAUACCAAAGAGAAAUCUUAUGAAUGCCAAAAACAUAAAAAUGCCUAUGGACAGGACUCAAAACUUACUACACAUCAAGAAGGUCAUAAUGGUGAGAAAUUCUAUGACUAUAAGGAAUAUGGGAACACCCUUAGUAGAACUUCAAAACUUAGUUCAUAUCAUUCAGUGCAUAUUGGUAUGAGACCCUAUGAAUGUGAGGAAUGUAGGAGGUCUUUGAAUAGUGACUCGGACUUUAUGCAACAUCAGAUAAAUUUUACUAGGGAGAAAUCUAAUGAAUUUAGGAAAAGUGGGAAGGCCUUUACUAAUGCCUCACAGUUUUUUCUACAUCAUAGCAUUCAUACAAGUGAGAAACACUUUAAAUGUAAGGAGUGUGUUAGAGAAUUUAGUAAUGGUACAGCCCUUAUUCGUCAUCAGAGGAUUCAUACUGGUGAAAAACCUUAUGAGUGUAAUGAGUGUGGGAAGGCUUUUAGCACUAUUUCAAUAUUUAGAGUACAUCAGAGGAUUCACACAGGUGAGAAACCCAAUGAAUGUAAAGAAUGUGGAAAAGCCUUUCGUCAUUCCUCAUACCUUACUCAACACCAAAGAAUUCAUACCGGUGAGAAACCUUAUAAAUGUAAGUAUUGUGUUAGAGCAUUUAGUAAUGUUUCGGCCUUUAUUCGGCAUCAGAGGAUUCAUACUGGUGAGAAACCCUACAAAUGUAAGGAAUGUGGAAGAGCCUUUAGUACUGGCUCAAUCCUUACAGCACAUCAGAGAAUUCACUCAGGUGAGAAACCCUAUUUAUGUAAGGAAUGUGGGAAGGCCUUUCGUCAGUCUUCAGACCUUACUCAACAUCACAGAAUUCAUACUGGUGAGAAACCCUAUGAGUGUAAGGAAUGUGGAAGGGCCUUUCGUCGUUCAUCAGAACUUUCUCGACACAAGUUAAUUCAUGCUGAUGAGAAAUUGUAUGAAUGUAAGGAAUGUGGAAAGAUAUUGAGUAGAGAUUCAAUACUUAUACAACAUCAGAAAAUUCACACUGGUGAGAAAGCCUGGGAAUGUAAUGAAUGUGGAAGAGUUUUUACUUGUGCAACAUACCUGACCCGGCAUCAGCGAAUUCAUACUGGUAAUAAACCAUAUACUUGUAACAAAUGUGGAAAAGCCUUUCUUCGUUCUUCAGACCUUAUUCUGCAUCAAAGAAUUCAUACUGGUGAGAAACCCUAUGAGUGUAAGGAAUGUGGGAAGGCUUUUGCAAGAGGCUCAAAUCUUAAUCGCCAUCAAAAAGUUCAUAAUGGUAAGAAAUAGUAUGAAAGUAAGCUUUGUAAGACCUUUAAGCAUGUCUUUCAGGUAACAUGACAUGAAAGAGAAAUCUUAGAAAUGUAAUAGGAGAAAUCCUAAAAUUUAUUGGUAAGAAAAUAUAGAAAUAUAAUUAAUAUGAGAAUGCCUUAUGUGUUUCACAGCUUAACUACCAUAAGAAUAAAAUGAAUAUUGGAAGUUCUCUAUCAAUAGCUCAUUCCUUUCUAAAUUUUAAAAACUUUCUAAUCAUGAGUGGAGAAAAGUGAAAAAUCUUUUUUGUUGCAUUUUUCAUACUUUAAAAUACUUUAAAUCCACUUUAUUUUUUAUAUAGCUGUAAGUAGUUCGGUUUAUGCAUAGCUAAAAUACUAUAUUAUUAUGUUGUACAUUAAAUUUUUGAAUUUAUUUUGUUCUCACCAAAACUCUUAUUACAGCACAACUUAUUCAGUAACUAUUUUCUGAAGCUAUUUAUGCACAGUUUUGGACAUUUUAUAUUUUUAAUGUUAUAAGCUUGGAUAUAAUGAGUCUUUUUAUACCCCGACAUCCAAUUUGGAAACUCUUUACUUGAUCUUUUUAUAAUAAAUUUAUACCUGCAUAUCUUUGCAUCUGUACCAUUUUAUUUAUUUA